AUGGGAUGCUGGAAAAUUUACCUGAAAUACUGUAACUUAGGUGAGGCACAUAACAGCGACAAUAAUAAAAAGGGGUGUAGAGGGGGUGGGUGUAUUAUUUGUUUGACUAUUUGGUUNCGUGAUACACCUGUUGACGGCGCCGGGCGUAACGGCGGGCGCCCACCGGCUGUGGUCGCACCGGUCGUUCAAAGCCAAGUGGCCGUUAAGGCUGUACCUAAUGAUCGCCCAAACGUUUGGUCGGCCGACCAUCGCAUUCACCAUAAGUUUUCCGAGACCGACGCCGACCCCCAUAACGCCAAUAGGGGUUUCUUCUACGCCCACAUGGGCUGGUUGUUUGUCGAGAAGCACCCGGAGGUGAUUAAGAAAGCCAAAAAUAUCGACCUGAGCGAUUUACUAGAAGAUCCAAUUGUAUACUACCAGCGCAAGUUUUAUUUGCCCUUGGUAGCGAUCAUAUGGUUUGCCAUACCGGUAUUAUUACCAUGCUAUUUAUGGGGCGAAUCGUUUUACCCAUCUCUCGCCAUUAGCAUCACACGAUAUGUUUUCAUGCUUCACUGCGCAUUCUUGGUCAAUUCAGUAGCUCAUCUGUGGGGCGCUCGUCCAUAUGACAAAAACAUUAAUCCAGCAGAAAGUCAAUCGGUAACCUGGCUCACACUAGGAGAAGGUUAUCAUAAUUAUCACCACGUAUUUCCAUAUGAUUACUCUACGGGAGAGUACGGAUGGGAGGAAAACUUCAACAUAACCACCUUGCUGAUCGAUUGGUGCGCCCGACACGGCCUGGCCUACGACCUGAAACGGCCGACACCGACAACCAUUGAACAGCAACGGCUCAAAAAGGGUCAGGAAGUGGUGAAUAAGCCAAACAUCGCGGCCGUAGACUAUCUGACCGGCAUUGGGGUACAGACGUGGAUAGUAUGGGUGCCCAUGACUUGGCGAUUGAUUCGGAUCAUAAUCAAUGUGUGAUCACGCACACUGCAUCAAUUUGUAUCUUUAUUUAUAAACAUUUAUAUUUAUUUAAUAGUGAUUGGUUGUUUAUUUUAUUAUGAUCAUGUUUAUAAUUAUUAUUAUGAUGUAAC